CACCUGAUAUUUGAUAAUACAAUACCUGAUAAUACAAUAUCUGAUAAUUCUAUAAUAGAAGGAAGUCCCAGUCCUAAUCCUAGUAUUGUAAACAGUUGUAUGACAUAUAAUACCAGUACCGUAGAAUGUAAAAAUUAUUUUAUUCAAAAUUGUCGGAAACCUAUGCUGAAACAAUCCAAAAUUUUAUUUAUUGAUAUUCAACAUGCAUUGAAUCCAUCUUUGAAACUUGAUAGUAUUUCACAGCAAAACCGUGUCCUGAAAAGAAAAGUUGACAGUUUACGUAAAUUAGUUACAUAUUGGCAGAAAAAGUUAUCAUCUUUUAAGAACAAAUUGUCUUCUCGUUUUGGGGAGGAUCAGCUUAAUGCUCUAUGUUUGAGUUCGAGUCGCGGCAGUAAAUGGACAAAUAAGACAUUACAAAUCGCUUUACAGUUGCAUUUUGCAUCUGGCACCACUGGAUAUCAAUUACAGUCACAGCUACAAAUGCCUUUGCCGUCUGUUCGUCUUCUUCAAUCUGAACUUCAACAUGUACAGUUCUCGCCUGGUUUGUUGCAUGACAUUUUUAAGCUUCUUCAUAAAAAAAUAAGCUCAAUGAAAACUAUGAACAAAGACUGCGUUCUUAUUUUUGACGAGAUGGCAAUUCAGAAGAAAAUUGAUUACAAUCCAGGAACCAAGUCAUAUAUAGGUUGGUGUACUAUACCAGGAGCAAAACCAAAAAUAACUUCACAGUUAAAGCUUCAAUAUCCUGAUCCUGAUACAAGAGAGAAAUGGCGGACUGAGGUAUCCCUAUCAAUGCUAAAGGAAAAGGCAAGUAAAAUCAUGGUGUGGAUCUUAGGAGGACUAGCUGUCCGGUGGAAACAACCAGUAGCCUAUGAUUUCACUGGAAAUUCUUUUUUUUCUGAAGCAGUCAAAAAUCGCUGUCUAGAAAUUGUACGUGAGUCGUACAAAGUGGGAAUAACAGUUCGUGUUCUGACUUGCGACAUGGGUAAUCGUAAUGUAUGAAAAGCCCUGGGAAUAGAAGUGGGUCCGCAGAUACUGAAUAACAGCUUCUGCCAUCCAUGUGUUGAAGGUAUCGCAGACCAACACCUACACCACUUCAAAUAACGCAACGGCUAAGACAAACUACUAUUUCAAUGCUUUUGAGGGAAGUACCUGGAAGUAGUUAUGACUUUGAGACAGAGGGAGAAAUACUUAUUAAUAUCUUUGAAGAGUUAAAAUUUGCUGCUUUGGAUACUGCUUUGAAUAACAAUGGAGAUUGGCCAAGAGACUUCAUAAUUCUACCUUUCACAGUACCACAAAAAGAAAAUAAAGUGCUGUACAGAGUAGCAGGCUAUGUGGUUCAUCAAGUUUUUACAGUUACAAAGUUAGACUUAAUUUGUUCUACAUGUUCUUCAGCUGUACUUCAUAAGGGUCCUCAGGCUCAUCCAGAAAGUGAAUUUACUCGCCAAACAAACUAUGCAAAUUGUUCUCAAGUAGAAAUUUCCGAUGAAAUUUUCACUCUGAUCGUGAAAGCAGAAUGUUGUAGAGGUGUUGAGCACAUCAUCACAUCUGUUCGUAAAAAUGCAGACAUAUUUUUGACAAAUAUAAUGAAGGAGUUUCCAAAUUUGUAUGCUUUCGCUAUACCAAAGUGUCACAAUCUUGCAACAGCUAUUCUGAAGAGAUUCAUUCAAAUGCGACUGAAAAUUUUCACUGGUCAUGAAGAACGAAAAGAAUCCGGUUCAAAAUUUGGUAGUUUCAGCAUGGGCUCGCGUUUGUUAGGCAAAAGCAUGAAAUAAAACUUUAUUAUUAGUCAGCAGAGACUUCCAACGAUAUUGAGUAAAGUAAUUCUGUUUUUAUUUUUAGUAUGUUAGUCUAAUUGUUGUCACAAGAAAUUUCUAUUGAAUGCAAUAACCCAGAUAGAACACAGUGUUAGCAAAAUAUUUUAAAGAUAUAGAUGUGAAAUAUUAUAUAAAUACUGUAAUGUCCGAGAUUCUCAGAUAUGAAAAAGAUUAUAAUAAAUAUCUAAAAAUAUUUAAGAAAAC